AUGCUUUCCGUGAGAGUCGCCUCAGCUUUGGCCCGGACUUUGCCCCGACGAGCUGGACUUGUCUCAAAGACUAUCCCAGCUGCCUGCGUUGGGGUCAACCACCUCCACACGAACAGACCAUGGCUGCAGAAAACCGGCACAGCUGAGGUGUCGUCAAUCCUGGAGGAGAAGAUCAUGGGAGCAGACACUUCUGCUGACCUGCAGGAGACUGGACGUGUGCUGUCCAUUGGUGACGGUAUUGCCAGAGUGUACGGUCUGAGGAACGUCCAGGCUGAGGAGAUGGUGGAGUUUUCCUCAGGACUCAAGGGCAUGUCUUUGAACUUGGAGCCUGACAAUGUUGGUGUUGUGGUCUUUGGUAAUGACAAACUGAUCAAAGAGGGUGACAUUGUCAAGAGGACUGGUGCCAUUGUGGAUGUUCCUGUCGGAGAGGAGCUGCUGGGCCGCGUUGUGGACGCUCUGGGAAAUGCCAUUGAUGGAAAGGGUCCCCUUGGCUCUUCCAUCCGCAGGCGUGUGGGUCUGAAGGCCCCUGGUAUUAUCCCCCGUAUCUCGGUGAGGGAGCCCAUGCAGACUGGGAUCAAGGCUGUGGACAGUCUGGUGCCCAUUGGUAGAGGCCAGAGAGAGCUGAUCAUUGGGGACAGGCAGACUGGAAAAACUGCCAUUGCUAUUGACACAAUUAUCAACCAGAAGCGUUUCAAUGAAGGUACUGAUGAAAAGAAGAAGCUGUACUGUAUCUAUGUGGCUAUCGGUCAGAAGAGGUCCACUGUGGCACAGCUGUAUCUGGCCCCAUAUUCUGGCUGUUCCAUGGGAGAGUACUUCAGAGACAAUGGCAAGCAUGCCCUCAUCAUCUAUGAUGACUUGUCCAAGCAGGCUGUUGCCUACCGUCAGAUGUCCCUGCUGCUGCGUCGUCCUCCUGGUCGUGAGGCUUAUCCUGGUGAUGUGUUCUACCUGCAUUCCCGUCUGCUGGAGAGAGCUGCAAAGAUGAACGACAACUUUGGCGGUGGUUCCCUCACUGCUCUCCCUGUGAUUGAGACUCAGGCCGGUGAUGUGUCUGCCUAUAUCCCCACUAAUGUCAUCUCCAUCACUGAUGGACAGAUCUUCUUGGAGACUGAGUUGUUCUACAAGGGUAUUCGUCCAGCCAUCAAUGUAGGUUUGUCUGUGUCCAGAGUAGGCUCUGCUGCCCAGACAAGGGCCAUGAAGCAGGUGGCUGGUACCAUGAAGCUGGAGCUGGCUCAGUACCGUGAGGUUGCAGCCUUCGCCCAGUUUGGUUCAGACUUGGACGCUGCCACUCAGCAGCUGCUUAACAGGGGUGUUAGGUUGACAGAGCUGCUCAAGCAGGGCCAGUACUCACCUAUGGCUAUUGAAGAGCAGGUCACGGUCAUCUACGCUGGUGUCAGGGGUUACCUCGACAAAAUGGAGCCCAGCAAGAUCACAAGGUUUGAGAAGGCUUUCCUGCAGCACGUUCUCAGUCAGCACCAGGACCUCCUUGCAGCAAUCAAGAAUGAUGGUAAAAUCUCAGAAGCAUCAGAUGCUAAACUGAAGCAGGUUGUUCUGACCUUCUUGUCCAGUUUUGAGUAA